UAUAUAUAUAUAUAUAUACAUAUAUAUAUAUAUGUAUAUAUAUAUAUAUAUAUAUAUAUAUAUAUAUACAUAUAUAUAUAAUAGAGUCUAUAAUAGAGGAUAUUGUUGUUGUGUUACUAUUAACAUAUAGUGGCAGGGACGACUUAUUACUCACAGUGAAGAAUAAACAACAUGACUAAUACUUGUUUUUGAUCAGCCCCUUCCUGCAGGACAGAAACUUCUGUAGCUGUUUGUCUGACUAAUAAAGUUUUUUCAAACCACGUGAUCAACACUGUCAUGUCUGCGCCCUCGUGUCAUGCGUGGUUGUGAUCAGUUGUAACAUUUUGACAUUUUAAAACACCAGUCAGUCAAGGUAGUACUUUUUUUUUUUAAUUGUUUUGACUUAUAGUUGUUGUGUUGUUGUUUGUGGUUUACCAAGCCACUUGGAUCUGACAGUUUGACGAGCAUUUAGAGAGGAUAUAGUUAGUUAGAGUGGCUCGGCAGCUGCAUGUAGCUGCUUGCUAACUGUAUACACUUCAAUUCAACGCAUUGGUGUGACUCGGUAUUCAUUUGUAGGAAAAUGAAGAUAAAGAAGAUGAUGCCCAGGAACAAGCGUCCGUCCCCCGGACUGCUGAAAGCCAAGAAAAACAAACGGAGCAUCCUUAUGAAAGGCAAAUGGCAAGCUGUAGAGCUCGAUCCCAUCAUCUUCUCCGAGGAGGGCUUGGAGGGGCUGGUGUGUUUUGAAGAGCUGACAGAUUACCGUCUGGUCGACUCUGAGAAGGCUGCAGCUAAAGCAGAAAGGGAGCUGCAAAAGGAGAAGAUGAAGAAGAAGAAGAAGAAGAAGAAACCGAAGAAAAGAAAAGCCAGUGAGGAAGAGGAGGCUGGAGAGAAGGGAGAUGUGGAGAGCAGCAAAGAGGGAGAGAAAACAGCUGAACCAGCCAAGAAAAAAGCCAAACAGAAGAAGAAGAAAAAUAAGAAAGUGGCUGCAAAGGAAUCGGACCAACCUGAUGACACUCCUGUAGAAGUGGCACAGAAAGAAGAGGCUGCAGGUGAGGAUGAAACACCUCAAGAAGAUGCUUCAAAAGAUACAGCGAUGAGUUCAGAACCUGUAAAAAAAGUCACAAAGAAGAAGAACAACAACAACAAAAAGAAGAAGAAGGAAAAGAAACAGAAGCAGCAGAUAGAAAAGGGUAAAAUCUCAGAGGAACAGCCGAACCAGGAGUCUCCAUCAGAAGCUCUGGAAAAUGAAAAAUCCACUCAAGACAAAGUGGCAAAGCCUCCCAAAAACAAAAAGCAGAUAAAGAAUUGGACAAAUGCAGCUAUUGACCAAAAAGCUGAUGUGAGUGCCUGGAAGGACCUGUUUGUUCCCUCCCCUGUGCUGAAGGCGCUGAGCAGUCUUGGAUUCAGCUCACCGAGUCCUAUACAAGCCCUGACUCUGCCUCCAGCUAUCAGGGAUCGUAUGGAUAUACUGGGGGCGGCUGAGACAGGAAGUGGGAAGACACUGGCAUUUGGUAUUCCCAUGAUCCACGCCAUCCUGGAGUGGAAGAACGGUUCAGAAAAGCCUGCUGAUGACGACCCUGAACCGACCACAAAGGUGGAGAGUUUGUAUUUACCAGCCUUAGACGAGUCCGCGGUAGAAGACGACAACAUGGAGGCCGAGGGAGAUGACGGUGACAGCAUCACAGAGCAGGAUCAAGGUGACACUGAUGAACAUGACAGCGAAGAUGAACACGAUGACGUCGAAGAAAAAGAUGACGACAAGAGGAUCGGGUGUGUUAAAGUAAUCGAAAAUGCAGUGUUUGACUUUGACGUCGCCGCUGAAGAAGAAGAAGAAGAAGAAGAAGAAGCUGAAGCUGCUGGCGGUCGGAGUCAGCCUCUGCUCGGACUGGUGCUCACUCCCACCAGGGAGCUGGCUGUUCAGGUCAAGCACCACAUUGAUGCUGUCGCAAAAUUUACAGACAUCAAAACAGCGAUAAUUGUGGGAGGAAUGGCACAACAGAAACAGAGACGGAUGCUGAAGCGAAGACCAGAGAUCGUUAUUGCCACUCCGGGACGUCUGUGGGACCUGAUCCAGGAGAAGCAUCCACAUCUGCUCAAUCUAAGACAACUCAGGUGCCUGGUCAUCGAUGAAGCAGAUCGCAUGGUGGAGAGAGGCCACUUUGCAGAGCUGGAGAGUCUGCUGGAGAUGCUGAACACCGUGCACUUUAAUCCCAAGAGGCAGACGUUCGUGUUCUCCGCCACGCUGACCAUGGCUCGCAGCCUGCCCACCCGCGUCCUGCAGAAGAAGAAGAAGAAUGUGGACCGGAGGAGCCAGCUGGAAGUUCUCAUGCACAAAGUGGGGAUCAAGUCCAAACCCAAAAUCAUUGACCUGACCAGGAAGGAGGCAACUGUGGAGACCCUGAGCGAGACCCGAAUCCACUGCCAGAAGGAGGAGAAGGACUUCUACCUUUAUUACUUUUUGCUCCAGUAUCCCGGCCGCACCAUGGUGUUUGCCAACAGCAUAGACUGCAUCAAGAGACUGAACUCCCUGCUGGUUAUCAUGGACUGUACUCCACUGCCUCUUCAUGCCAACAUGCACCAGAAACAACGCCUCAAAAACCUGGAAAGGUUUGCCGAGAGGGAUAGUUGUGUUCUGCUGACUACUGAUGUGGCAGCUAGAGGACUGGACAUCCCCAAUGUUCAGCAUGUUAUUCACUACCAGGUUCCCAGGACAUCUGAGACAUACGUCCAUCGGAGUGGCAGAACAGCGAGAGCCACCAAAGAGGGUCUCAGUAUGCUGCUAAUCGGCCCAGACGACAUGAUGAACUUCAAAAAGAUCUACAGGGCUCUAGGGAAGGACGAGGACCUUCCCAUGUUCCCCAUAGAGAUCAAAUGCAUGGAAGCCAUCAAGGAGCGGGUCAACUUGGCCAGAAAGAUAGAGAAGAUCGAGUUCCACAACAGCAGGGAGAAGCAGCACAACUCCUGGUUCAAAAAAGCAGCAGAGGCCCUGGAAGUGGACCUGGAUGAUGAUUGUUUAAUUGGAGGAGCAAAGGAUGAGGACUAUGACCGAGAGCAGCAGUGGGUGGUAAAGGGGAUGAAAAAGCAUUUGAAACAUCUGAUCUCCCAGCCUGUGUUCAAGAAUGUGAUUAAGACGAGGUACCCCACCCAGAUGGGAAAGCUCUCCCUGCCUAACAUGCCUCUAGCUGGAGGGCAAAACGCCCUCACCAGGGUCUCAAUACAAAAGGAGAAACAGAAGUUAAAGAAAGGUGGUCCACCACAGCAGAAAAAGCAGAAGACAGAGCAGCAGUGACAUGUUAAUGGAAUGUGUAUUUAGAGAUGCCAUAAUUUGACAGGAUUGUGUUGAUUCAUGUCAUUUUUAAAACAUAAAUUAACUUCAAUCCAUUUAAAUACUUAUUGCACAGUGUGCAAAAAAAUGUAAUUCCAAAUGUUGUUGAAUCGCUGUACACUGCAAUACUAUAUAAAAAUCUGUUUCCAUGAGUGUCUUAAAA